CGGGACAUCGCCAACCAGCAACAGCGGCUGUAAGUGGCUUUAACGGUUUCAACCACUUUACAGUUAGUUGCCUGAAACGAUUCGAGCUUUAGACGAAAAUCCUAAAGAAAUGGGGGUCCACGAUGAUCUUCGCGUGGAGUGGAUCCGACAGAAGCUAACAGUUGGUUUUGGUUUAUCCAAGUAUCCCGAAUGUUUUGACGAACUCCUGAGUCGGGGCAAUGGCGCAGAAGAGGAGACAAUCAUCCGGUUUUUAAACGGCGUCUCCGAAGUGGACUCUGUUUCAUGGCUUUUCUUCUUCAAACAUAUUAGAGAGGAGGAAAUAGAAGAGCAAGUUCCCGUCGUAUCUAGGACCUCAGAGCAGAAUAACGGCGUAUCUUCAGAUCCUGACCACGAGUCCUUCAGUGAAGUGGAGUCAGCGACAAAUGACAACUAUAAGACUGAAGUUAAAGUUGUCCGUCACGUGGAAUUAAACGUAUCAGUGGACGAGAUUCCAGAGAGAUUUCAUAAGAAUCCUAAAAAUCCUGUCUUCUAUUUUCGACGAAACCUUAACGAGACUGUUGUUCACCCAGUGGACAUGAAAGAAGCCAAUACUCUAAUGACUAGGUUAAUAGACCUUGGUAUGCAGAGUGGAGAUCCGCUUGAGGCGUUUCGAAGGCAACUGCUCCAUGUUUAUGUACCCUGGUUUACUGCUGAAGCAAGAGCAACAGGUGGUCCCCAAAAGGAAGCUCCUACUGAUCUGCCUCUUAUGGGUCGUCAUUCGGUGCUCACCAGUGUGCACAAAUACCUCGGAAAGCUCAGUCAAACAAUCCGACAGAUUCAUGCUCAAGAUGAAAUUGUACUCCAAAUUCCUGACCUGGACCUGGAGCUGGAGGUGAAUGUCCUGCUGAACAGUUCUGAGACAGUAGAGAGGUUGGAGCAGUGUGUGAUGAACUGGCAGACUCAGAUUACCACCAUUAUGGAGGAACAGCAAAGCAAUCAGCCACAGGCUCCUGGACCUAUUGCAGAGAUAGAACUUUGGCGGGACCGUGCUUCUGUUCUCAGUGCUCUGUCUCAACAGCUCAAACAGCCGAUGGUACAGAAGAUCCUGGAAGUCACGACUAAAGCAAAUCCAGCCAUUAUUCACACCCUCAGUGGAACCAUUGCUGAUCUAUCUAAAUACUACUCAGAGUCAGAUAAUAAUGUAUUUUUCCUUAAGACGCUGGAAAGACACUUUUUGAAUUUGGCUGCUGGGGCAGAUUUUACCAUGAUGAAGGAGACCAUCCCUGACAUGAUGGAGAGCUUACAGAUCGUCUGGCAAAUCUCUCGCCACUACAACUCAAACGAACGUAUGGUCCCUCUAAUGGAGCGGAUUGCGUGGCAGCUUUGUGAGCGAGUGUCUAGAGGACUUGAUGUUCUGAAACUGUUCAAAGUGAAUAGGGAAGAGGCCUAUUCCAUGGUGCUUGGUGCUAAGAGUGUCCUGGAGCAGUGGAAGGCAUCCUACUAUGACGUGCGCGCUGCAAUUGAAAAAUUAGGCAGAGCACCUCGAUGGGAAUUUGAUCGUAAAAGACUGUUUGAGAUCAGCGAUUACAUGGCGUCUGUCUGCCAGGAUCUGUGUUAUGUGUUUCAGGUGCAGAAGGAAUUCCACAACUUCUUUGACCCAGACAUGAAAAGUAGGGAACAGAUCAAGGAAAUGUUGAUCAGACUCGAUGGUCUAGUUUCACUUUUCGAGGAGGUCGGGUUUGAUCCUUUCAGCAUCUCAAAAAACGGCAACUGGAAAAAGGUCAUGCAAGACUUUGACUCUGCACUUGGGGUUAUCGAGGGAGAAAUGAUUGAAUUUGUCGAUUUGUCUUUUAAAACUCUGCAGUCGUCUGCUGCUGCUUUUGAAAUGCUGCUGAAAUUCCAACAAAUCCACUCCAGAAAGGCCAUCGAUGACCAUUUGAAACAAAAGUUUAAUGAAUUCCUAGUCCAGUAUUGCAGUGAGGUUGACAGAAUUAAUGAAAUCUUUGAUGCAGAGAAGAGCAAACCACCUUUAGUAAAGUGUGAGACUCCUGUGGCAGGAUCCAUUACAUGGGCCAGAACUCUUCUCUGCCACAUUAAACAACCCAUUCUUUCCUUCCUGAAAGUAGCACAGAUGCUUGAAAGUGAACAAAGCAACAUGGUCAAAAUCAAGUAUAAGGACACUGCACUGCGGAUUAGGGAAUAUGAGACGACGAAAUAUGAGGGCUGGCUGAAAGAAACUGAAAACAGCUGGUCACUAUUGAAACAGCCUCUGCUGACUAUCAGAGAAAACCAAGACCUGGAAGUUCCAAGACCAGAACAAAGCAAGAAAAGGAAUGUGCACUACAUAGUAAACUUUCCUCCACAAUUAAGGGAAAUGAUUUCUGAGAUAAAGCCCCUCAUGUCACUGGGCUACUCUGUUCCGAAACAGGCAAAAGACUUGGUUAUGUUGGAACACAGUCUCCUGAGGUGUGCUGAUGAUCUGAACCACCUUAUCGAACACUUUCACUCAUUGUUGGACAGCCUGCUUGAGGAGCAUCUCGAUAUGCUGCUGCCACUUAUAGAAGUGGUCAAAAAAGAGAUGGAAUUUGGAUUGAAGAAGCUCAACUGGUGUUUCUUGGGGAUACCUGAGUUCAUCAGUCGAGGUGUCCAGGCUGUUUCUAAAUUCAAGUCCAUCGUCGACCAGAUUCACAAGAACGAGCGUGCAAUUGAUUCCAAGCUACAGUCGAUAACUCUGUCCAACUUGCUGAAACUGCCAGUAUCUGAUAAAUCUAGAGACUUGCCAGAUAUCAAGGACUUCUGUGACUACAUUGAGGGAGAGCAAAACAAGACUCUGAAUAUUCUCACUAAGAAAUAUUCUGACAUCAGUUUCCUCAUCAAUGAGACAGAACAUGUGAUUAUGGAAACCAGAAGUGGCAAAGCCAAAUGUAUGGCUAGUUACUAUAAAUACUGGGAGUGCAAAGUGUUUGACUCCCUGAUAGAGAUGCUGCAGAGGAGCAUUCAGACAUUCACCACGGUGCUGAUGGGAGACACAGCUGUUUUCAAAGCAAACGUCGUCCUGUUUACUGGUAUUGUGUUAGAGCCACGAAGUGACGUCAUCAACAGGAUGAUCAUGGGGUGCAUUAAGAUGUGUAUAGCGAGCACCAAGCAUUUUCCACGUUGGAUGGAUGGGACCUGCAUCAACUGCCCCAUACAACUUGUGGAUGGUGAAGAGGGGUCUAAGAAAUUCACAUUCUUCUGUGAUGUGUCUCAGCAUCCUCAGAUAAAGCUAAGUGCUGUCAUGGUGUCCCAAAAGAUUGAGGAGCUGCUCCUCUCAGUGAGUCGCAACUUUGAGUACUGGAAACGCUACCGGUUUUCUUUGGGAAAAGAACAGAUUUCUUGUGACCGGAAGAGUUUGCAGCCAAAAAUCCAUCCUACGCCAAGUAUGAUGAUGCCUCGCUGCAAGACGGAGAACGUGAUCCAUCUGGACCUAUCGCCACUGCUUAACACAUUACAGAUGAUCGCAGAGGCCUGGAUCGAUUCACUUGGUUAUUUGCUAAACAAAUCUGCCAAAAAGAAUCUCUUCAACUUUAGAGAUGAACUCACGGCAACUCUCUGAAAGCUGAAGCAAGCCCAGACACUUGUGAACGACCUGAAGUCUGUUCUCAGCACCAUCUCAGACAUCAGAAACAUGUCUGUAGACAUAGAAAUAAGAAUCACUGAUAUCCAGGAGAGCUACAGAACCCUGGCCAUCUAUGAAGCUGAGGUUGGAGAAGAUGAAAAAGAGCUGGUGGCCAUUAUUGACCAGACAUGGAGUGACCUUUACACAGAAUCUAGACAAGUGGAUCAUAGUCUGAAAGAUGUCAAGAAGUCAUUUGCUGUAUUACCAAAGAGAAUGUUUGAAGAGUUCAGACAGAACGUGUCCAUCUUUGCUGAAAGCUUCAACCUGCAUGGUCCUGGAGCUGUGGGAGAAGAUUUGGAUAAAGGACUGAGCAUCAUGGACAAAUAUGAAGAAGACCUUGCCAAGAUUGUGGCUGAAUGGGAAGAGCUGACUAAUGUUGAAAAGCUGCUGGACCUGCCUGUCACUGUGUGCCCAGAGGUCACCAGGAUUCAGAAAGACAUGAGCGGCUUAAGACAGGCUUAUAAUGUGUAUAAAGCACAGAAGGAAGCAAAAGCAAGAUGGUCUGAAACACUGUGGGUAGAUUUGGACAUCCAGAUGUUACAGGAGAACAUAGAAGGCUUCAUCAAAAGCCUGAGACAGCUGCCCAAAGAUGUGAGGGCUUUACCGUUCUUUUUUCUGGACGCGAGUAUGAAAGAGUUCAGAGAAUCACUGACUCUUCUGCUAGACUUGAAGCACGAGGCACUCAGAAACAGGCACUGGGAGGAGCUGAUGGAAAAGACUGGCACCAGCUUUGAGAUAAACCCUGACAGCUUUACUCUGGAGAACAUGUUUGCUAUGGAACUGCAUAAAUAUGCAAACGUCAUCAGUGACAUUGUCACAUCUGCUAUAAAAGAGCUGAACAUCGAGAUGGGAGUAAAGGGAGUGGUUGAAAGCUGGGAGAAGAUGAAUUUCAAUGUGCAGCCCAUUUUUAAAGGAACUCAGAAACAAGGUUUCAUCCUGGGCGCUGUGGAUGAGAUCCUGCUGAAUUUGGACAAUGAUGUCAUGAACCUACAGGGCAUGGCUGGCAGCCGUUUUGUUGGGCCGUUCCUUGGUGCCAUACAACAAGUGGAAAAAAGACUAACUUACAAAAUGCACUUUGCACAGGUUUGGUUGGUGGUACAACGCAAGUGGAUGUACCUGGAAAGCAUAUUUAUAGGUGGAGACAUUCGCUCCCAGUUACCUGAAGAAGCUAAGAAGUUUGAUAACAUCGAUGAAAAGUUCAAAAAUUAUCAGGGAAUGGUCGUGCUGGCUGCUAUUCAGGUGUGGUGGACCUGGGAGGUUGAAGAUGUCUUCAAAAAGGUGAAUGGAGGAGAAAAACAUGCACUGAAGGACUACGCUGAGAAGAUGCACCGCCAGAUUGACGAGCUGGUUACACGCAACACUCAGCCCAUGAAGAAAAACGACAGGCGGAAAAUCAACACAGCGCUGAUCAUGGAUGUCCACUCAAGAGACAUCGUGGACAACUUGGUGUACAACAGGAUAACAGAUGCACAAGAGUUUGAGUGGGAAAGCCAGCUGAGAUUCUACUGGAAGCGGGAACAGGACAACCUGUUUGUGCAGCAGUGCAGCGCUUCAUUCUCCUAUGGUUAUGAAUACAUGGGGUUGAAUGGUCGAUUGGUUAUCACCCCACUAACAGACCGGAUCUAUCUGACUCUCACACAGGCUCUCUCCAUGUACUUGGGCGGCGCUCCUGCUGGACCAGCUGGCACAGGAAAAACAGAAUCCGUCAAAGAUCUGGCCAAGGCUUUAGGCUUGCUGUGUGUGGUUACAAACUGUGGUGAGGGCAUGGACUACAUGGCCAUUGGGAAUAUCUUUUCUGGCCUUGCCCAGUGUGGCGCCUGGGGCUGCUUUGAUGAGUUCAAUCGAAUCGAUGCCUCAGUAUUGUCAGUGAUCUCCUCCCAAAUACAGACCAUCCGCAAUGCUCUCAUUUUACACCUUAAGCACUUUCAGUUUGAGGGGCAGAUGAUCAGCCUGGAUGACCGCAUGGGUAUUUUCAUCACUAUGAAUCCUGGCUACGCUGGCCGUACAGAGCUGCCCGAAUCAGUCAAAGCCCUUUUCCGGCCUGUGGUGGUGAUUCUACCUGAUCUUCAACAAAUUUGUGAGAUCAUGCUGUUUUCAGAGGGUUUCCUAAUGGCCAAGGUGCUGGCAAAGAAGAUGACUGUCCUGUAUAAACUGGCUCGGGAGCAGCUGUCCAAGCAGUCUCAUUAUGACUUUGGUCUACGCGCUCUGAAGUCUGUCUUAGUGAUGGCAGGAGAGUUAAAAAGAGGCUCACCGGACCUCAGUGAGGAUGUGGUACUGAUGCGUGCUCUCAGAGACAUGAAUCUGCCAAAGUUUGUGUUUGAAGACGUCCCUUUGUUCCUUGGGCUGAUCUCAGACCUUUUCCCUGGACUGGACUGUCCCCGUGUUCAAUAUGCUAGCUUCAAUGAAGCUGUGGAGCAGACCCUGCAAGAGAACAAAUAUAUUGUUCUACCUAAUCAGGUGGAUAAAGUUGUGCAACUGCAAGAGACCAUGAUGAGCAGGCACACUACUAUGAUUGUGGGCCCAACAGGUGGAGGCAAAUCAGUUGUGAUCAACACGUUAUGUCAGGCUCAGACCAAAUUGGGGCUGCGUACUAAAUUAUAUCCCUUGAACCCAAAAGCCAUGAGUGUCAUUGAACUUUAUGGAGUUCUUGACCCAGAUACUCGAGACUGGACUGAUGGGAUUCUAUCCAACAUCUUUCGUGAAGUCAACAAGCCCACUGACAACAAAGAGCAGAGGUAUAUCCUGUUUGAUGGAGAUGUGGAUGCCCUCUGGGUAGAGAAUAUGAACUCAGUAAUGGAUGACAACAAGCUCCUCACUCUUGCCAACGGGGAACGGAUUCGUUUACAGAGUCACUGUGCACUGCUGUUUGAGGUUGGAGAUCUGCAGUAUGCUUCACCUGCUACCGUGUCCCGCUGUGGGAUGGUUUUUGUUGACCCCAAAAACUUGCGUUACACACCCUACUGGGAGAGAUGGGUGAACAGCAGACCUGAAACUGAGCAAGAGGUGCUUUUCAGACUGUUUAAGAAAUAUGUGCACAGCUGCAUUGACAUGCUUUUGGAGGGCAUUGUUGAUGGCAAACAGGGCCAGAAACUGGAAACUGUUGUCCCUCAGACUGAUCUGAAUAUGGUCUCUCAGUUGUGCUUGAUGCUGGAUGCUCUUCUUGAGAGUGACAGCAGCAGGGCUGAUGUCCUGGAGUGUUACUUCUUGGAAGCUCUGUACUGCUCUCUGGGGGCCACGUUACUAGAGAGUGGAAGGAGCAAGUUUGAUGAUCUCGUCAAAAGGCUUUCCUGCAGAACCACGAUGCAUGAUGGGAACGACCUGGCUGGGCCUGAUGAGAUCCCAGGAUACCUGCCAACACUGUAUGAUUUCCACUUUGAUGGAACACAGGAGAAGUGGGUUCCGUGGAGCUCUUUGGUUGCCAGAUACGCUCACAACCCUAAAACAAAGUUUGCUGAUAUCUUAGUGCCAACUGUUGACACCACAAGAACCAGUUGGAUCUUGGAACAGAUGGUGAAGAUGAGGAGACCGGUGUUACUGGUCGGAGAUACUGGAACCUCCAAGACCGCCACAAUUCACAACUUCCUGAAGAAUAUCAAUCCUGAUAAUGGAAGUACUUUGAUCAUCAACUUCUCAUCCAGAACAACUUCAUUAGACCUGCAGAGGAACCUGGAGGCUAACGUGGAAAAAAGAACCAAAGACACCUACGGCCCCCCGCUGGGGAAGAGACUUCUGGUCUUUAUUGAUGAUCUGAACAUGCCAAAGGUGGAUAACUAUGGAACACAACAGCCUAUUGCACUUCUGAAGUUGCUGCUGGACCGAGGAGGCAUAUAUGACAGAAGAAAAGAACUAAACUGCAAAAUCCUCAAGGACCUUGGCUUUAUUUCAGCCAUGGGAAAGGCGGGAGGUGGGAGGAAUGAAGUGGAUCCACGCUUCAUUUCACUCUUCGGUGUCUUUGGCAUUCCGUUUCCAACGACGGAAUCUCUCCACCACAUCUGUGCUUCCAUUCUCAAAGGCCACACCAGGCUCUUUGAAGAUUGCGUACGGAAAGUAUGCGAUGAAGUCACGUGCUGCACGCUGGAACUCUACAACCUCAUCAACAGAGAUCUUUCACCCACUCCCUCUAAGUUCCACUACACCUUCAACCUGAGGGAUCUGUCAAGAGUCUACAAUGGACUGACCCUCACUACACCAGACAAAUUUCUGACUGUCGCCCAGUUUGUCCGCGUGUGGAGAAAUGAGUGCUUGAGAAUCUUCCAUGACAGACUCAUUGAUGAAACUGACAAAGCUUUGGUCCAAGGUCACAUUAAAAACCUGAUCGAAGCACAUUUUAAGUCAGACAUGGAGGCGGUGAUGAAGGACCCCAUUCUCUUUGGGGACUACAGAGCUGCCCUCAGUGAUUCUGAGGCAAGGGUCUAUGAAGAUGUUCAAGAUUAUGAUGCUUCCAAAGUCAUUUUUCAGGAGAUUCUUGAGGAAUAUAAUGAGAGGAAGUCGAGGAUGAACUUGGUGCUGUUUGAUGAUGCCCUGGAGCAUCUGACACGGCUUCAUCGCAUCAUCCGCAUUGAUCGUGGCCACGUGCUGCUUGUUGGGGUGGGGGGCUCGGGCAAGCAGUCCCUCACCAAACUUGCUGCGUUCACCGCUGGCUGUGAGGUGUUUGAAAUCACACUCAGCAGAGGAUACAAUGCGUCCAACUUCAGAGAAGAUCUGAGAAAACUUUACUUGAAGCUCGGUGUUGAAAAUAAGAAGAUGGUGUUCCUUUUUACUGAUGCUCAUGUAGCUGAAGAAAGUUUUCUGGAACUAAUCAACAACAUGCUCACCUCAGGCAUAGUACCUGCGCUGUUCCCAGAUGAUGAGAAGGAAUCAGUUCUCAACCAGCUUCGUGAUGAGGCUCUUAAAAUGGGAGCAGGUCCUUCUAAGCAGAGUGUGUGGGAAUACUUUGUCAAUAAGAGUGCCAACAAUCUACACAUUGUUUUGGGCAUGUCUCCAGUGGGGGACACUCUAAGAACACGCUGCAGGAACUUCCCAGGACUGAUAAACAACACUGUAAUUGACUGGUUCCUUCCAUGGCCACCAGAGGCACUCCAUGCAGUCGCACAGUCUUUCCUUGGUGAUCAUCCAAUGAUUCCUGAGGCCCACUCUGCAGCCAUUACAGAUCAAGUAUGCAUGGUUCAUAUAUCUGCAGGAGAGUACAGCAAGCUGUUCCAGCAGAAGCUUAGAAGAUGUAACUAUGUUACUCCAAAGAGCUUCUUGGACUUCAUCAAAACAUAUUCCAGUCUUUUGGAGGAAAAGGAUGCUUUUUUCUUUGCUCAGUGCAAGCGUUUAGAGGGAGGUUUGGAUAAGCUAAAGGAAGCUAGUGAGCAGCUGGUUGAACUGAACGUAAAGCUUGCCGAUCAGAAGGUGGCUCUAGCUGAAAAGACCUCAGCUUGUGAAACCCUGGUGAAAGACAUUGUUGCUAACACAAGUGCAGCUGAGGACAAAAAGACUCUAGCAGAGGAAAAAGCCAAAGAGAUUGAAGUUCAGAAUAACGUCAUAUCUGUUGAGAAUGCAAGCGCUAAAAGUGCUCUGGAUGAAGCUCUGCCAGCAUUAGAGGCAGCUCGCAAAGCCCUGCAAGACCUGGAUAAAUCUGAUGUCACUGAGAUCCGAUCUUUUGCUAAGCCACCCAAACAGGUACAAGUGGUUUGUGAGUGUAUUCUUGUCCUGCGUGGCCACAAAGAAAUCAGCUGGCUGGCAGCCAAGGCAAUGAUGUUAGACGCAAACUUUCUGCGCUCUUUACUGGAGUUGGAUUGUGAUUCCAUAACUAAUGCUCAAGUCAGGACUGUCAAACACUCCCUUAAGAACCUGCAUACAAGCUUGGAAGAAAUGCAAGGUAUCAGUAAAGCUGGAGCAGGAAUGUUUAAGUUUGUGGAGUCAAUAAUAGGUUACUGUGAUGUCGCCAGAGAAAUCAAACCCAAGAGGCAAAAGGUAGCAAAGCUUGAAAAAGAGUUUGUUAAGUCUAAGAAGGAACUAGAGGACAUUCAAAAGGAGCUUGAAAAAAUUCAAACUGAGCUGCGUGAUCUUCAAACCAACUAUAAGGAUGCGAUCACGGAAAAGCUGGUUCUUCAGGAGGAGGCUCAGGUCAUGGAGAGGAGGCUGGUAGCUGCUGAUAAACUCAUCUCUGGUCUGAGCUCUGAAAACGAACGGUGGACACAAGAUCUAGUUGAGUUGAGGCAGCGGCGCGUGCAUCUCCUUGGAGAUUGUCUGAUCUCAGCUGCUUUCCUGAGCUACGAAGGGGCCUUCAGCUGGGAGUUCAGGAGUGAAAUGGUUUAUGGAACCUGGCUACAGGAUGUCCUGGAGAGAGGCAUUCCCUUGAGUCCACAUUUUAAAGUAGAAAACCUUCUCACUGAUGAGGUAGAAAUCAGCAGGUGGAGCUCUGAGGGUUUGCCACCUGAUGAGCAUUCAGUGCAAAAUGGAAUCCUCACAACCAGAGGGAGUCGCUUCGCCAUGUGCAUUGAUCCUCAGCAACAGGCAUUCAGCUGGAUUAAAAAAAAAGAAGAAAACAAUAACCUCAAGAUUACAUCUUUCAACGAUCCAGACUUUCUGAGACAGCUUGAGAUGGCCAUCAAGUAUGGCAAUCCAAUCCUUUUCCAAGAUGUGGAUGAGUACAUAGACCCAGUGAUUGACGGUGUUCUGGAGAAAAAUGUUAAAGGAGCAGAGGGUAGACAGUUUAUCCUGCUGGCUGAUAAGGAAGUGGAUUACGAUCCUAACUUUAAACUCUACCUUAACACUAAACUGGCGAAUCCCAACUACUCUCCGUCAGUUUUUGGGAAAGCCAUGGUCAUCAACUACACAGUAACCCUUAAGGGUCUGGAGGACCAGCUCCUGAGUGUUAUUAUGGGCUUUGAGAAGAAGAAGCUGGAAGAACAACGUCAGCGUUUAAUCCAGGAUAUCAGUAAAAAGAAGGCACUGCUAAAAAACCUCGUGGACUCCUUGCUUAGGGAGCUGGCUACAUCUACUGGAAACAUGCUGGAUAACAAAGAGCUGGUCGAAACACUCGAGGAAACAAAGUCUAAAGCCAGCGAAGUUUUUGAGAAAUUGAAGUUGGCUCAGAAGACAUCGAUGGAUAUUGACAAACUGAGAGACGGCUACCGACCUGCAGCGAAACGUGGCGCCAUCCUCUUUUUUGCACUGACAGACAUGGCUCUGGUUAACAGCAUGUAUCAGUACUCUCUGGAGACCUACCUGCAGGUGUUUGACUUGUCCCUGAGAAGAUCUCUACCCCACUCAUCCCUUGAUCAAAGACUUGAAAGCAUCAUCAACACUCUCACAGACGAUGUUUACAACUAUGUCUGCACAGGGCUGUUUGAGAAACACAAGUUGCUCUUCUCCUUUAAUAUGACGGUCAAGAUUGAGCAGGCAGAGGGGAGGGCACCUCAGGAGGAGUUGGAGUUCCUAAUCAAGGGUAAUUUAUCUCUGGAAAGAAGCGCACAUAAAAAGCCUUGUGACUGGCUUCCUAGCCAGAGCUGGGAGGAUGUGGUUAAACUCGCAGAGCUCUUCCCUGAAAAUUUUGCCUCUCUGCCCAGUGACAUUGAGAAAAACUCCACUGACUGGAAAGCAUGGUAUGACUUAGACGCACCAGAACAAGCUCCAUUCCCCAUGAAAUACAAAGAAAACCUGUCAGCAUUUCAGAAGCUGUUGCUGCUGCGCUGCUUUCGUGUUGACAGAGUCAUCAGAGCCAUGACCGAUUAUGUCAUUGCAACCAUGGGAGAAAGAUACGCCCAGCCACCUGUGAUCAGCUUGACUGCAAUACAGGAACAGAGCACACCUUCCUCUCCUGUUGUUUUUAUCCUGAGCCCUGGCUCUGACCCAGCUGGUGACCUCAGGAAAUUCACAGAGGAGUUGGGAUUCAGAGGGAACAAGUUCAGGUCCCUUGCAAUGGGCCAGGGCCAAGAGAAGGUGGCUCUAGAUUGGUUGGAAACAGCAGUUUUUCGUGGUCAGUGGUUGAUGCUACAGAACUGUCAUCUACAAGUGAAGUGGCUGAAGGAACUGGAAAAAGCAUUAGAGAAAAUCACCAAGCCUAACCCCAACUUCCGCUUGUGGAUCACUACCAAUCCCAUUAAGGAUUUCCCUGUUGGCAUUCUGCAAAAGUCUCUGAAGGUAGUGACAGAGCCUCCCAAUGGGCUCAAGCUGAACAUGAAAGCCACAUACUCUAAAAUCAAAAAUGAGGCGUUGGACUCAUGCCAGCACCCUGCCUUCAAAAGCCUGGUCUAUGUGCUGGCCUUCUUUCAUGCUGCGGUGCAAGAAAGACGCAAGUACGGCAAGAUCGGCUGGAACGUGCCCUGUGAUUUCACCGAGUCAGACUUCUUUGUGUGUAUGGAGAUCCUAAACACUUACCUGACUAAAGCUCACAACCAAGGAGAAACCAAAGUGCCCUGGGAAAGUCUGAAGUACCUUAUAGGGGAGGUGAUGUACGGUGGGAGAGCAAUAGAUAGCUUUGACCAAAGGAUCCUUAAUAUCUACAUGGAUGAAUACUUUGGAGACUUCCUGUUCCCUACCAUUCGGCAGCCCCAGUUCCAUUUCUUCAGUAACGGAGAUGUGGAUUACAAAAUUCCCUCACCUGGGCCAAAGAGAGUCUAUGUUGAGGAGAUUGAGAACAUGCCACUAGCAAACACACCAGAGGUGAUGGGACUUCAUUCCAAUGCAGAGAUAGGGUACUACACUCUAGCCGUUAAAGAGAUGUGGGCUCAUCUAAUAGAUCUUCAACCUCAGAGCGGUGAAUCUGGUGGAAACAUCACCAGAGAUGAGCACAUCAGCCAGGUGGCUAAGGACAUUCACAGCAAACUUCCCCACCUUUUUGAUUUGGAGGUUAUUCGUAAAACGUUUGGCACAGACAUCUCUCCAACAUCUGUGGUUCUUCUUCAAGAACUGGAGCGCUUCAACAAACUAGUGGCCCAAAUGCAGCAGUCUUUGGUUCAGCUGCAGAGGGCAUUGGCCGGGGAGGUAGGUAUGAGCAGCGAGCUGGAUGAAGUGGCUCGUGCUCUUUUUAAUGGUCACAUUCCUGCCAUUUGGAAGAAGUUGGCACCUGAGACUCAGAAGUCCCUCGGCAACUGGAUGAGCCAUUUCAAAAGACGUUAUGAACAGUACACCCACUGGGUGGACAAGGGAGAGCCAAAAGUGAUAUGGCUGGCAGGGCUUCACAUCCCAGAGUCCUACCUGACUGCUCUGGUUCAAGCUGCAUGCAGGAAAAAUGGCUGGCCUCUGGAUCGUUCCACUCUGUACACAAAAGUGACCUCCUUCCGCAGCGAGGUUGAGGUCACUGACAGACCAAAAGAAGGCUGCUUCGCAUCUGGCCUGUAUCUGGAGGGAGCAGACUGGGACAUGGAGAAGGGCUGCUUGAUGACAAGUAAAACAAAAGUUCUGGUUGUUGAACUUCCCAUUCUCAAUAUCAUCCCCAUAGAGACACACUGUCUUGGACUGGAGGAUACAUUGAGGACACCAGUUUACACCACAUCAAUCCGCAGGAAUGAAAUGGGUGUGGGGCUGGUGUUUGAGGCUGACCUGUGUACCGACAUGGACAUCUCACACUGGGUCCUUCAGGGAGUGUGUUUGUGCCUCAACACAGAAAUGUAAUGUUGUGUGUGUUCUUCUUAAACUUUUAAAUGUGUGUUUGUGCCUCAACACAGAAAUGUAAUGUUGUGUGUGUGUUCUUCUUAAACUUUUAAAUGUGUGUUUGUGCCUCAACACAGAAAUGUAAUGUUGUGUGUGUUCUUCUUAAACUUUUAAAUGUGUGUUUGUGCCUCAACACAGAAAUGUAAUGUUGUGUGUGUGUUCUUAUUAAACUUUUAAAUGUGUGUUUGUGCCUCAACACAGAAAUGUAAUGUUGUGUGUGUGUUCUUCUUAAACUUUUAAAUGUGUGUUUGUGCCUCAACACAGAAAUGUAAUGUUGGGUGUGUGUUCUUAUUAAACUUUAAAUGUGUGUUUGUGCCUCAACACAGAAAUGCAAUGUUGUGUGUGUGUUCUUAUUAAACUUUAAAUGUGUGUUUGUGCCUCAACACAGAAAUGUAAUAUUGUGUGUGUUCUUCUUAAACUUUUAAAUGUGUGUUUGUGCCUCAACACAGAAAUGUAAUGUUGGGUGUGUUCUUAUUAAACUUUUAAAUGUGUGUUUGUGCCUCAACACAGAAAUGUAAUGUUGGGUGUGUGUUCUUAUUAAACUUUAAAUGUGUGUUUGUGCCUCAACACAGAAAUGCAAUGUUGUGUGUGUGUUCUUAUUAAACUUUUAAAUGUGUGUUUGUGCCUCAACACAGAAAUGCAAUGUUGU